AUGGCUCUUUCAAUCGCUCGGGUCUCUUUUGAGCACUAUAGCUCACCCCUGGGAAUCGCAGAGACAGCACCUAGAAUCUCAUGGAGAUUUGAAGGUGAUGCUCCUGAUUGGGAACAGAGCUCUUAUGACAUCCAAGUCACUCGCAGCGUCAGCGACAAACCCAAAUCUUUCUCCUCCAAAUCCUCCGACUCUCUUUACCAGCCCUGGCCCGAUACUCCACUCGAAGAAGCCCAACCUGUCUCCGUCAGGGUCCGUGCUCACGGCCGUUCAAAGCAGCCUUCGACGCCCUGGUCAGACUGGGUCUCUGUCGAGACAGGACUCUUUAAGAAGAGCUGGGAGAACGUGAAGCCCAUCGCUUCGACGAUCAAGGUCGAUGUCAAUGCGCCUAAACGCCCUGUCUACUUCCGCAGGGAGUUCAAACUUCCUGAUGAUAUUGCCUCGGCUAGGCUUUACAUCACUGCUCUAGGCAUUUACGAAGUGGAGAUCAAUGGCAAGCGGGUUGGAGACAGUGUCUUAGCCCCUGGCUGGCAAUCUUUCCACCAUCGUCACGUCUAUGACACUUAUGAUGUGACCAAACUCCUCACCCCAGGUUCCAACGGGAUAGGCGCACUUGUCGGUGAAGGCUGGUAUGCUGGACGACUGGGAUUCGCAGGUGGCCAGCGAAACAUCUACGGCAACUCUACUGGCCUACUAGCACAGCUCCACGUCAAGUCCAAGAGUGGAAAGACAGUCAAGGUCGUCACCGAUACCACUUGGAAGUCAAGCUUUGGCCCUGCUACCGCCGGUGAGAUCUACGAUGGAGACAAGUACAAUGCAACUCUUGAAGCCGAUAUCAAGGGAUGGUCCAAGCCUGGCUUCAAGGGUUCUUCUUGGUCCGAUACCCGUCUUCUGCCGUCUCUAGAUGGCGAGCUUGUUCCUGCCGAGCAGCCGCCUGUCCGACGCGUUGAAGAAGUCAAGCCACAGCGCUUCUUCAAAUCCCCUUCUGGCAAGCAGCUUGUCGAUUUUGGACAGAACCUCGUUGGGUGGCUUCGAUUGAACGUCGAUGGCCCCAAGAGCACGACUAUUCGACUAAGACACGCUGAGGUUCUGGAGGAUGGCGAACUGGCCCUUCGCCCUCUCCGACUAGCCAAGGCUGAAGACUACCUUACUCUCAGUGGUAAAGGACCCAUUGAGUGGGAGCCCAAGUUCACAUUUCACGGGUUUCGCUACGCUGAACUUGAUGGCUGGCCUAAAGAAACCCCCCUGGAUGCGAACAGCGUCAGGGCUAUUGUGGUUCAUACAGAUCUGCAAGAAACUGGUUACUUCAACUGCUCCAACCCUCUUCUCAACAAGUUCCACUCCAACGUUCGCUGGUCCAUGAAGGGAAACUUCCUAAGCAUUCCAACCGACUGCCCCCAGCGAGAUGAGCGUCUUGGCUGGACUGGUGAUGCCCACGCCUUCUGCCCUACAUCGAACUACCUCUAUGACACAUCAGCUUUCUGGAAAGCCUGGCACAAGGAUAUCUGGUCCGAGAUGUCCCAGAACCAAAUGGUCCCGCCAAUGUAUGUCCCCUCAAUUCCUUGGUUUCUGGACAAACCUCCCAAGCCGGCAUCAGUAUGGGGAGACGUUGUGGUUGGUAAUCCAUGGCACAUCUAUCAAUCCUUCGGUGAUAAGGCACUGCUCCAGGAACAGCUCCCUCAGGCUCAGAACUGGAUCGAUACUGGCAUCUCUCGAAAUGAUGUCGGUCUUUGGAACCGCAGUUCCUUUCAGUUCGGUGAUUGGCUCGACCCUCUUGCACCUCCAGACGACCCUGGUGCUGCGACGACAGACAAGCAUUUGGUUUCGGAUGCGUACUUGAUCAAGAUGACCGAGACCCUAUCUCAGAUCACCGGAGCUCUUGGUAAUUCGAAACUCGCCAAGAAAUACCAAACUCAACACUCUGAUCUCAAACGCCAGUUCCAGAGUUCCUGGGCUCCCGGCGGCAAGUUGGUUAACCGAACUCAGACGGCGUACGCUCUAUCUCUGGCUUUCGACCUUCUCAAGGAUGACAAGCAGAAGCAGACAGCCGCCGACACCCUGCGAGACAUCAUCAAGAACAACGACUAUCUUGUUGGUACAGGCUUUGCAGGAACAUCUCAACUUGGGUUUGCACUCUCAGACAUCAAUUCGACAGACGUCUUCUACCACAUGCUCCUCCAGGAGAAGGUUCCGUCUUGGCUAUACCAAGUUGUCAUGGGCGGCACAACCACCUGGGAGCGAUGGGAUAGUAUGCUACCCAAUGGCACCAUUAAUCCCGGUGAGAUGACCAGCUUCAACCACUACUCUUUUGGGUCGGUUGCCAAUUGGAUGCAUCAGUACAUUGGAGGAAUCGCACCUUUGGAGCCAGGGUACAAGACUGUUGCUAUUGCACCUAUUCCUGGCGGUAAUCUUUCUCACGCAAGUGCAACUUAUGUUAGUCAGUAUGGAACCAUCUCAACCGAUUGGACUGUGACAAAUGGGAAGUUUCAUCUCAAGGUUAGAGUUCCGCCAAAUACAAAGGCGAAGGUUACGUUGCCGGGUACACAGAAGGCGAAGACUGUUGGAUCGGGGUACCAUGAGUUUACUGUUUGA